ACUAUAAAUUUAUCGUUCAUAGCCGUUAAGAAGUCAGAAUUGAAAUCGAGCUUAAACAGUUAACUAAUCUGUGAUCUCCAGUCAGUUUCUUUUAACCACUACAAAAUGAAAUCCUUCGUUGCUGCUUUAUUCGUUUUGGCCCUUGCUUUGGGUGUCCAAUCAUCUUUCUUGCCCUUCCCUGGCUUCCAUACUGAAGUUGCCGGACAUGGUUUGUCCUUCACUGCCGUGUCUUCACCGGCUGUAGUGGCUGCUCCUUGGCCUUUGGCGCAUGCUGGCGUCGUCACUGUUGUGGGUCCAUCUGCUCCUGUUGUAGUUGCUCCUCCGGUUGUACACGCUCAUGACGCCACCUAUGUAGCCAAAACUCGUGGUGCUGUGCAUACUGCUCCUCUGGCUGGUCAUGUCAACUCAGUUGCCAACGUUAACUUGCUCGCUCCUCCCGGUACCCAUUAAACGCUGCCGUCGAAAAUAUUAAUUCCGUUACGUGAAUUUCUAUCAAAAUAAAUUUUGCCAAUGUUUCGGAAACGUUUCAAAUUUAACUGCCAAUAAUACCAAAUUAAUUUAAAUCGUUUGUCUAAUGAAAAGAAAAAUGUACUUUGACAUGGAAUCCUAAAGAACUUGUAGUUAUUUAUUUUCUUUUUU